CGCCUCGGAGCUUUACGCAGUGCAAAGUGCAGCGCCUCUGUGUCCUGAUUGUUGCGCUCAAGGUGGAGUUUUCUGCCACAUCACGUCUAAUUGCUGCCGCUACAGCGCGCAGUGCUGAGGCUGUUGUCCUGAAAAGAGCAAGCUGUCAGCAGCAGGAAGCGGCUAAAAAACAACGGAAGCUAGAGUGGUUGUUGAUUUUUUUUUUUUUUUCCAUUUCGGGACAAUUUCACGUGUACUCUGAGUGGAGAAGGUGUGGAGGAACAUGCAUUCAACGCGUAGGUGAAAGAAAAAAAUAACCUGCUAAUUUAAUUUCUUCGCUGCCGCAACUUUUAAGCCCACGGGAGAACUGUAACUAAGAUUAAUUGGAAAUUAGUUUUGAAAUUAAAAAAAAAAAAAUGUCUCGCAAGAAGGCUGCCAAAGGCAAAGCCGCGACUAGCAGCCCGUCUGCAGGCAGCCCCACCGGGAAAGGGACCGGGAAAGCUGCGAAGAGUAGCCCGGGGAUUGUUCAGAUGAACGGCGUGGUCCAUCCCAGCAGACCCUCCAUCAGCAACAGCAGCGAGUUUUAUGACAUCGCUUUCAAGGUGAUGCUGGUUGGAGACUCUGGUGUGGGGAAAACGUGUCUACUGGUGCGUUUUAAAGACGGAGCUUUCCUGGCUGGCAGCUUCAUCUCCACUGUUGGCAUUGACUUCAGGAAUAAAGUCCUCAACAUUGAUGGAGUCAAGGUGAAGCUCCAGAUCUGGGACACAGCUGGACAGGAGCGGUUCCGCAGCGUCACUCAUGCCUACUACCGUGACGCCCACGCUCUGCUUCUGCUGUAUGAUGUCACCAACAAAACAUCCUUUGACAACAUCCAGGCAUGGCUGACUGAGAUCCAUGAGUACGCCCAGCAGGAUGUGGUGCUCAUGCUGCUUGGAAACAAGGCUGAUGCCACUCAUGAGAGGGUGGUGAAAAGAGAAGAUGGCGAGAGGCUUGCAAAGGAGUUUGGAGUUCCCUUCAUGGAGACCAGCGCCAGGUCCGGUCUCAAUGUGGAGCUGGCUUUCACUGCUGUGGCCAAGGAGCUGAAGCACCGGUCAAUGAAGGAUCCCAGUGAGAAGUUUAAGCUGCAGGAGUACGUAAACAAGGAGAUGAAGAGCACAGGCUGCUGCAGGUCUUAAAGCCUGCAGUAGUCAUUCAAUGGAUCUGAGUGUGUGUGUGUGUGUGUGUGUGUGUGUGUGUGUCUGUUUGUGUGUGUGUAUUUAUGUGUGUGUGUGUGUGUGGAAUCAUUCAUGUCCAUAUCCUUGGUGUUCAUAUCUGGCCCGAUCACAGAUGAGGAGUCAGUUCCAGCGAGGUAUAAAUCUUUUUGCCCUUCUCGUUUCUCCCCUCUCAACCUCCCUGUCUCAGUCCACAUGACCGCCAUCUGUUGCAUCCAUCUCACUGCCCUGCUCUAUUUUGUAUGUCCUGCUUUUCCUCAUCCACCUCCCUCUGCAGCUGUGAAUGUAGCCCCAGGUGGAGGUUUGCAGAAAACACUGCACACCUCAGUUAUUAACCUAUUAAUGGACAUUUCUUCCAUAAUUGUAGCUGCAUGUUAUUUUAACUCCAGCAUUGAAUCGGACACCUACCUUUGCAUUACUUUGUGUGGUUACUUUAUUGUGAAGGGAUUUAUUGCACAAUGAAUUUAUGGUUUUUGGAAAAAAUACAUGUUCAUGUAAAGCCAUUCAUUUCUCACAUCCAUUUAAAGUGACAGUUGACAUUUUGGUUGAAUGUCUUGGUCGGUGUGUGAAUGAAUGUUCAUAUACUAGAUAUAUAUUCGUAUACAGUAGUGUUCAAUAUAAUAGCAGUCCAAUGUGACUAACCAGAUUAAUCCAGGUUUUUAGUAUAUUUUUUAUUGCUACAUGGCAAACAAGGUACCAGUAGGUGCAGUAGAUUCUCAGAAAACCAACAAGACCCAGCAUUCGUGAUAUGCAGCUCUUAAGGCUGUGCAAUUGGGCAAUUAGUUGAAAGGGGGGUGUUCAAAAAAAUAGCAGUGUCUGCAGUUUUUGUGCAAACUUUUUUGUUUCUAGGAUUUAGCAAUCCUGUGAAUCACUAAACUAAUAUUUAGUUGUAUGACCACAGUUUUGUAUAACUGCUUCACAUCUGUGUGGCAUGGACUCAACCAACUUGUGGCACCUUUCAGCUGUUAUUCCACUCCAAGAUUUUCUAACAACAUUAAUUUACAUUUCUUGGUUUUGCUUCAGAAACAGAAUUUUUGAUGUCACCCCACAAGUUCUCAAUUGGAUUAAGGUCCAGGGAUUGGGCUGGCCACUCCAUAACAUCAAUGUUGUUGGUUUGGAACCAAUAUUUUGCUCGUUUACUAGUGUGUUUGGGGUCAUUGUCUUCACUGCAAAAAAAGAAAAGUUGGGUGAAUUCAAAAUUUCAAGGCAACAAACUUCGAUAAAAUUUCAAGUUGGACAAUUAAACUAAAUAUUUUUAAGUUUUGUUUUUGAGUUUGCUCAACUCUGAAUUCAGAUUUUUGUCAACUCAACUGUAAAUUGUACUAACUUAUAAUUUUACACUGUAAUAACUUUUAAUCCUUACUUCUGCAACGUGCUGAAUUGGCACGAUUGAUGAUGAAAUGUCAACUAAUGUUGCGUUUUAUACAGUCUAUGGGUAUUACACUAAUGGCUACUCUUGUAGCUGUAACAAGCAGCGCCGCUAGCAUCAGUUAGCCGCUAGCAUCAGUUAGGCGCUAGCAUCACUUAGCCACUAGCUUUCACUAAUGACCGAAUUUCACAGCAAAGAAAUAAGAGUUAGCAGAACUAUUGUCCCUUGUUUUGAACCCCAACUUAAAGAUAUAAGUAACAACAACUCACAAACUUGUUUUUGAGCAGACAACUGGCUUCCUUUCUUGUGCUAACUUACAUUAUUGCCCUAAAUGUCAAUAAUUUAUAUUUCCAAGUUUUACCAACUUAAAUCACUGUUUUAGGACAAAAAAUACAAGUUGGCUUUUUUGCAGUGUUGUUGAAACACCCAUUUAAAGGGCAUUUCCUCUUCAGCAUAAGGCAACAUGACCUCUUCAAGUAUUUUGAAUCUACUGCACCUACUGGUACCUUGUUUGCCAUGUAGCAAUAAAAGAAAUAUACUAAAAACCUGGAUUAAUCUAGUUAGUCACAUUGGACUGCUAUUAUAUUGAACACUACUGUAUAUAGUAACGUGCGUUGUGUCCAUGGUUCAGUGUUCAUGUCAGUAAUUCAACAGGCUCUACGGAGCCAGUUUAGCUCACCAGCAUAAACUCAGUCCAAGCAUCUCCAUAAUUCAGAUGUGGAUAUUUGGAAAUAUGUCUUACUUCUAGUACAUGAUGUUGCUAUUUUGUAUAAAAGGAUAUGAAGUACAGAAUAGCAUCAUUAGCCACAACAAUUAUUUUAUUACAGUAAAUUUGAAUUCAUGCUUGAUGCAAAAAUGUAGUUUAAACAAGCCUUCAGAAAAAUGGCAAUGCAUUGGUCACAGAACCCAAAACAUUUGGGGGAUUUUUCCAAUAUUAGAAGAUCAAUGUUGAGUCUAAUGCAACCUCUUUUCUUGAUAAUGAAACGUGUUCUUUACUUUUGAAAUUUAAAAUAUGAUUUGAUGAACAUGAUGUAAAUACCUUCUAACACUUCUGCAUGUAAAAAAAAAAAAAGGUUAUGAUUGAGAAUAGCACUUUAGGUGGAAAAUAAGACUUUAAGACUGGAGAUUUUAGGGGGAUAAUGGAGAAAUUAAGACCUACAGUAUGUUGACAAUGUUACCUAAAGUAUUGUAUAUGACACGUGUACAUUUCUUUAUUUUGAAUGUUGUAUUUGAAGUCAAAUGUGCAAACAGGCUGCUUUGUUUUGCUUUCCAUUCAUAAAUAUAUAAAUGGGGUAUAUAGUGCUGUUUUCUUAAACAUUUGAACAGUACGUUUCUUAUAUAAUCUGUUAACAGUAUUUAACCUGUUCUUCAUAAAAGAAGCAUAGGCCUCUUUUUAUAUGACUGUUGCUUUGGUAGAUUCAGCUUAGUCAUAGAAACUGGUACUCUGUACAGUGUUUACUGUACUUUUUCAUGUUUUUCCAAUCUCGAUGUUCAGAGUAAUGCAUUGAUUUUUUUGGUUUUACUACUUUUCAGUGUGCAACUUCUUUCUUGUAACUGAAACUUAACUACAAUAAAAACAGAAGGUAA